AUGGAUGGGUCUUCUCGAGGAAACCUAGAACCUGCAGGUAUUGGUGAAGUUGGUAGAGAUAGUCUGGGAAUUGUUCAAUUUAUGUUUUUUGUUUAUAAAGGUAAUCAUACUAACAAUUUGGUGGAGGCUAUUUCUAUUUUGUAUGUUGUGGAGAGUGUUCGUGCUCUUGGAUGGAGCAGGCUCAUUUGCGAAUCUGAUUCGCAGGUGGUGGUGCAUUUGUUGAGCCGACAACAUUCUGAGGAAGUUAGUUGGAAGUUAGCUUUAGUUGUUAACCAGAUUCUUAAUUUGUGUGCUUCUUUGAAUUCUGUUACUUUCACUCAAAUCCCCAGGGAGUGGAAUGGAGUUGCGGAUAGUCUGGCCAAAUGGGCUUCUGAUCACAUGCAAAAUUGGAAUAUUGUGGAAAAGGGUCAAUUACCUCUGGGUUUGUCUCAACAGUUUGACUACUUAGUGGAUCUUGAUAGGGUUGUUUGA